AUGCGGAACCUUCUGGUGUCAUGGUGUCUGCUUCUCUGCACCGCGCUUCUGGCCUACGCCGCCCCGGUGAACAUCGACGCGAUCGACAAAACCACGUACGACAACCUGGUGAAGUACGCCAAGUUCGCUGCGGCCGCGUACGAGACGAACAGCAAGUGCAAGAAGCCGCUGGGCCUCGGUGUCGAUAAUGGUCCAGCGUUGAGGUUUGACCUCAAUGGCACCCAAGGAUACCUUGUCAUCGACGACAAGGCGAAGGAGGUUAUCCUCUCUUUUGAAGGGACUUUCUCCCCUAAGGAUAUCUUAACUGAUAUUCAAUUUUGGCGCACUGCCCUCAAAACCGCGUCCUAUAGCGACCCUAAGGCCUCCGUUCAUGCUGGCUUCCAGAAGGCCUGGCUUGUCAUCGAGAAAACCAUCAUGGACACCGCGGCGAGAUUCGUGAAGGAGAAGAAAGGCUACAAAUGGACAAUCGUUGGCCAUUCUCUCGGUGGCGCUAUUGCCGAGUAUGCGUCUCUCGCCAUCAAAGCGAAAUACCCCGAUCUCAAACUCACGGAGUAUACAUACGGUGCGCCCAGAGCUGGUAACGAUGUAUGGGUGAAGGAUUUAGAGAAAGUCGUCGGUGCAAACAACAUCUACAGAGAUAUUGUUCCAACCAUGCUGGGACAUUGGCUAGGAUACAAACACCCCGGCACCGAAUACUGGCAAUUCAAAGAACCAUCAAGUCCCGAGAACGUCAAGAAAUGCCAAGGUGGAGAAGAUCCUUCUUGCAGCUCACAAUACCACAUUGCCGGGCUCACCAUCAGCUUCGACCAUAUGGCCCAGUUCGGUGUUUCAUUCUGGACGAACCCUCUCAAGCCAGAGAAGUCGCUCUGCCCGGUGGGUUGA